ACUCGUUAUCCGCACGCACUCCAGCGUAGCCCGGCUGGCUUUCCAGCCAUGGACGGACGCUAAUCCGCUCCGCUCCGGUCCUACUCCUCCUCGUCCUUGUCCUCCUCAUCCUCCCCAUUCUUAAAGCUCCCUUCCCCCCCCCACGUCGAGGACCUCUGUGGCCCCUCUCCUCCCCUCUCCAUCUCAACCGUCCCUUCUUCCAAGGCCUGUCUUUACUGCUUCUGGCAGCGACCCGUUCCCUCCUAAUCCUCGGCCUUCGUCCUAGGUUCGCAAUCAUGGAUUCCACGACCGAGAAAAAGUACGCGUCGAGUCCUACGGGCAGUCAGACCCUCGAUGCCCCCCGGGCUACGACAGCGCUGUCCCCGCCCGCCGGGCCAGCGAUGUCGACCCGGGCACCAUCACCACCAUGCAUGGUCAACUCCAACGCCGUCUCGACAACCGCCAGAUCCAGCUCAUCGCCAUUGGUGGUUCCAUUGGUACUGCUCUCUUCGUCAGUAUCCGCACCGGUCUCACCGGUGGCGGCCCAGCCUCGCUUCUCAUCGCCUAUACCGGAUACUCGCUCGUCAUGGCCGGCAUCAACAACUGCAUGGCCGAGAUGGGCGUCCUCCAGCCUGUCUCUGGUGGUUUCAUUCGCAUGGCCGGCAAGUGGGUCGACGACGCUUUCGGCUUCAUGGCCGGAUGGAACUUCUUCCUCUACGAGGCGCUCCUCAUUCCUUUUGAGAUCACUGCGCUCAAUGUCGUCCUCUCCUUCUGGCGUGACGAUAUCCCUGCGCCGGCCGUCAUCUGUGUCUGCAUUUUGCUCUACGCUUGCCUCAAUGUCCUGGCCGUGCGCGUCUACGGCGAGGCCGAGUUCUGGCUUUCGGGCGGCAAGGUCAUUCUGCUCUUCAUGCUCUUCGGAUUCACACUCGUCACCAUGUGCGGCGGCAAUCCAAGACACGACGCCUACGGCUUCCGCUACUGGUCCAACCCUGGUGCCUUUGCCCAGUACACGGCAAAUGGCGCCACUGGGGAUCUCGCCCGCUUCGAGGGUCUUUUGACUGCCAUCUGGUCCGCUGCCUUCACCGUUGUCGGCCCCGAGUACAUUGCCAUGGUCGCCGCCGAGGCCAAGCGCCCGACUGUGUAUAUCAAGACUGCCUACAAGACCGUCUACGUGCGUUUCGGUCUCUUCUUCAUCCUCAGCGCCCUCUGCGUCGGCAUCGUCGUCCCCUACAACGACCCCGGCUUGACUGGCAACGGCGGCACCGCCAAGGGAUCGCCAUACGUCAUCGCCAUGAGCAAUCUCGGCAUCAAGGCUCUUCCAGACCUCACCAACGCCCUCAUGCUUACGAGCAUCUUUUCCGCCGGCAACACCUACACCUACGCCGCCACCCGUUCCUUGUACGGUCUUGCCGUCGACGGUCGCGCCCCACGCAUCCUGACGUACUGCACCAAGAACGGUGUGCCCGUCUUUGCGUUUGCUAUUGUCAUGAUCUUCCCUCUGCUGUCCUUCCUCCAGCUCGGUGGCGAAAGCUCCAACGAGGUUCUCGAUAUCCUCCUCGGUCUCAUCACCGGUGGCGGCAUCAUCAACUUCCUGGUCAUCAGCGUCACCUACUGCUUCUUCUACCGGGCCACCCAGGUCCAGGGCGUCGACCGCAAGAGCUUCCCUUACACUGGCUGGCUCCAGCCCUAUUGCGGCUACGUGGGCGUCGUGGUCGAGACGCUCAUCCUGUUGUUCAUUGGCUAUGGAUCGAUCGCCAGCUGGGACGUCACCAACUUCUUCACCUACUACACAAUGUUGUUCCUGGGCAUCAUCACUUUUACCGGCUGGAAGCUGGUCCACCGCACCAAGUUUGUGCCCUCGCGGGAGGCGGACCUGGUGUGGGAGCGCCCCUCCAUCGAAGCGUACGAGGCGGCCCUGGUCGAGCCCCCCACAGGUUUCUGGGAGGAGAUGGGCCACCUGGUAGGCAUCCGCAAGCGCAAGGCGCACUCGGAGGCUUGAGCGCGAGCCACGACGCCAUGACGCCAUGGCACUGUUCGAAGGGUCAAUUGCCACGUGCGGGCCUGUUUUGUUGGCGGGGAGAAAAAUAUCUGUCCAUCGAGAGGAGUCGGGCACGUCUUGCGCGCGCAACGAGGAAUCGGCGCGCCAGUUCGUCAGGGAUACGGUGUGGCAGGCCCGAAGCACGGUGCGUGCGGCGAGUGUAUGAUGAUUUCUGCGUCUGUGAUUUAUUUUCCCAAGAUACCACUACAGUUGCACUCGAUUGGAUACCAAAAAAAAGUUUCCCAAGCUACUAG